CCACGACACGCCUGCGCAGUGGCGGGGGUUCGGGCUGCAUGGUUCCCGCCAAUUCUUGCGGUAUUAUUGCUUGAGUUGAAUUCCGCGCUUCAUGGAGACUUUUGAUCCAGCCGAGCUGCCCGAGCUGCUUAAGCUUUAUUAUCGGAGGCUCUUUCCCUACGCCCAGUACUAUCGCUGGCUCAACUAUGGCGGAGUGGUAAAGAAUUACUUUCAACACCGUGAAUUUUCAUUCACAUUGAAAGAUGAUAUUUACAUCCGCUACCAAUCCUUCAACAACCAGAGUGAUCUGGAGAAGGAGAUGCAGAAAAUGAAUCCAUAUAAGAUUGAUAUAGGCGCGGUAUAUUCGCACAGACCCAAUCAGCACAAUACAGUGAAGCUGGGAGCUUUCCAGGCUCAGGAAAAAGAACUGGUAUUUGACAUUGACAUGACAGACUAUGACGAUGUGAGGAGAUGUUGUAGUUCUGCAGACAUAUGUUCUAAGUGCUGGACCCUCAUGACGAUGGCCAUACACAUCAUCGACCGAGCGUUGAAAGAGGACUUUGGAUUUAAGCAUCGUCUCUGGGUAUAUUCCGGAAGGAGAGGUGUUCAUUGUUGGGUCUGUGAUGAAUCAGUCAGAAAACUGUCCUCUGCAGUACGUUCUGGGAUAGUUGAGUAUUUGAGUCUUGUAAAGGGUGGUCAAGAUGUUAAAAAGAAAGUUCACCUAAGUGAAAAAAUUCACCCUUUUGUCAGAAAAUCUAUAAACAUAAUUAAAAAAGACUUUGAAAGAUAUGCCUUGGUUGAUCAAGAUAUUCUUGGAAAUAAAGAAAGCUGGGAUAAGAUUUUAGCCCUUGUUCCUGAAACAAUGCAUGAUGAACUUCAACAGAACUUUCAAAAGGAUCACAAUUCACUUCAGCGUUGGGAGCAUUUGAAAAAAGCAAUCAGCAAAUAUCAGAGUAACAACAAAAAUGACAAAUGUGGACCCUGGCUUGAGUGGGAGAUCAUGCUCCAGUACUGUUUUCCACGACUGGAUGUCAAUGUUAGCAAAGGAAUCAAUCAUUUAUUGAAGAGCCCUUUUAGUGUUCAUCCUAAAACAGGUCGCAUUUCUGUGCCUAUUGAUUUACAGAAAGUGGAUCAGUUUGAUCCGUUUACUGUUCCAACCAUAAGUUCCAUCUGCCAUGAAUUGGAUGCCAUUUCCACUAAUGAAGACGAAAAAGAGAAUGGAGCUGAAUCAGAUAUCAAACGUAGAACCAGAGAUUACAAGAAGACCAGUCUAGCUCCUUUUGUAAAAGUUUUUGAACAGUUUCUUGAAAACCUGGAUAAAUCCCGAAAAGGAGAACUUCUCAAGAAGAGUGACUUACAAAAAGACUUCUGAAGAUAACUCCCUUCAUAUCAACAUGGAUAUCUUCUAUCUUCAACCAAGAAUCAAAUACUUCAGAAGCCAUUUAAUAAAUAUAGCAGAACUAUGUAUGUGUCUUAA